CUGGGUCCGGGGAGAGUGGAUACAGUGAAUGCGGGGUCCAGGGAGAGCGAAUAUAGUGAAUGCAGGGUCCGGGGAGACCGGAUAUAGUGAAUGCAGGGUCCGGGGAGAUGGAUAUAGUGAAUGCAGGGUCCGGGGAGAGCAGAGAUAUAGUGAAUGCAGGGUCCAGGGAGAGCGGAUAUAGUGAAUGCAGGGUCCGGGGAGAGCGGAUAUAGUGAAUGCAGGGUCCGGAGAGACCGGAUAUAGUUAAUGCAGGGUCCGGGGAGACCAGAUAUAGUGAAUGCAGGGUCCGCGGAGACCAGAUAUAGUGAAUGCAGGGUC